GUGAGGACGAAGGAGUGUUUCGACAGGUACUUGGAAUGUUUCGACGCUCUCAAUUAAAGUAAGGUAAUAUGAACGCUGUCUAUGUCAAAACUGAUAUCCUCGUAAUUAUAUUCUUGUCGUUUACCCUUUUUAAAGAGUUCAGGUGGUUUAUAAAUCUAUCAUUGCAUAAAAAGAGUGAUACGUUUAUGGUGCCAUUCUUACUUUCGCUUUCACUUAGUUCGCUCACGGAGAAACAACGAAGACCUUCACGGUUGUUGUUAUAAAAUAGGAUUAGUUUUUUUCAACAAACAUUCUGGCUCCUCGGAACAUCGUAAGAGACCCUGAGUCACUGCUGAUGAACCAUCAAUAGAGCCAUAACUCCAGGUGCAGACCUACUGUAGGCCUGGGGCCUGCUCAUUGUGUCCAGGCCUACACCCAGUCCUCCAGGCUGGUGAUCAGCCCCUAGGCCCUGAGAUCUUCAGCAGCCAGAUGUUUCUGAACUUCAAGAAAGUCUGUAGCUGCAAGGCAAUGAAGAUAUGGCAGCCAAAGUAUAGCGCGUGUAUUUAGAAUAUACAAAGCAUGAUAAAACAAAAAAACGUAUUUGGCCAUGAUUGAAUAACAAGACUUGCACUGACACACAGAAGAAAUAUCUGCCAAAAACCAUCAGAUGGGUGACAGUCAUACAAACUGGACCACCAUGUUCUUCCAAAUCAUAUUUCUAAUAUGUUCAGUUUGUAAUACUUAUGGCGUUGCUAGUGCUGCAUCACCAUCGUGUCCCGCAGAUGAAUACAGAGCGGGACAGUUCUGCUGCUUUGCAUGUCCUGGUGGAUAUAGGGUUCAUAGGGAUUGCACAGCGACAGCCAAUACAAAGUGCUCAAAGUGCCCCGAUGAUACUUUCAAAGAAGGCCUUAGCGGACAGAAGCAGUGCUCUGCCUGUACAUUGUGUGUCACAGGUCAGGAGGUGAAGAAGUUCUGUACUCCAACAUCAGAUGCUGAGUGUGAGAUCCUGGAUGGAUUCUUCUGUAGUGAGUCAGCAGAUAAAGACACAUUCUCAGAGGCCACAUUGUCAUGCCAACCCCACACGAUAUGUGAUUCUGUGGGAGGGGUGCAGAUACAACCAGGAACUGAUUCAACUGAUUCUACAUGUAUUAAAUAUGUGGCCAUUGUGUUCAUAAUAAUAGGAUGCAUAUCUUUUAUUAUAUUAGUCCUGGGAGCAUUGUUUUAUAGAUGGCUGAAAAUCAAAAGGGAUUUAACUGAAUACGCUAAUCGAAUAGAUGAGAUGAAAACACCGGGACAGGUGGAUGAGUGUUGGGCAUUGCGGAAACGACUUGAUAAGAAAAAGAAAACACCGAAACAGAAGAGGAAGUUUGAUAAAUUGAAAUAUCGAUAUUGGACGAAAAGGGAAUCGCUGGAAGUGGAUUGGACGUUAACUGAAUGGGAAAAACUAAUAGAUGAGAUGGAAACACCGGAACAGGUGUUGGAGUGUUUGGCAUUGUGGGAACAACUUGAAGAGAAAAAGAAAACACCGAAACAGGAGAGGAAGUUUGAUGAAUUGAAUGAUCGAUAUUGGGAGAAAAGGGAAUCACUGGAAAUAGAUUGGACGUUAACUGAUGGAGCUGCUGGAGAAGGGACAUCUGGUCCCUCAUCCACACCUCUCCUCUCUACGGAGCUUCCUGCAGGUCUAGAGACAUCCAUCCCUCCAGCUCCCUCCAGUGAAACACAGCCUGCAGGUCUAGAGACAUCCAUCCCUCCAGCUCCCUCCAGUGAAACACAGCCUGCAGGUCUAGAGACAUCCAUCCCUCCAGCUCCCUCCAGUGAAACACAGCCUGCAGGUCUAGAGACAUCCAUCCCUCCAGCUCCCUCCAGUGAAACACAGCCUGCAGGUCUAGAGACAUCCAUCCCUCCAGCUCCCUCCAGUGAAACACAGCCUGCAGGUCUAGAGACAUCCAUCCCUCCAGCUCCCUCCAGUGAAACACAGCCUGCAGGUCUAGAGACAUCCAUCCCUCCAGCUCCCUCCAGUGAAACACAGCCUGCAGGUCUAGAGACAUCCAUCCCUCCAGCUCCCUCCAGUGAAACACAGCCUGCAGGUCUAGAGACAUCCAUCCCUCCAGCUCCCUCCAGUGAAACACAGCCUGCUGAAGAAACUACACCACUAAUGUCCAGUGAAUCUCCUGCACCAACCGGGGACCAACAAGAACACACUUCAAGAACAAGUACCCCUGAUGUAACUAUGGAUGGUCAUGAUGAUGACCAGAGUCUGGAUGCCCUCGCCUACCGGUCUGGUACUGGACAGAUAGACAUUGAGAUGGGUCCAGUCCAAACACUGCCCAAAGAACGUAACAGGAUUCUUUAAUAUCUCCGUUAGACCCAUGUUUCCCAUCGACCGUGAUUCACUAUUGAAGGGGAAUGACAUUACAGGAGACAAAGUAACACAGUUCUAGAAAUUCUGGAUCAACAUGAAAGUGAAUCUGAUGGUUCAAACUCAGAAACUAGGGGAGGAAAUACACCGGUCUGAUUCCUUCCUGAUGCCAGCUUUCACAGGAGAAGAGGCGUGGUGUGUUUAACAUCAUUAUUUGAUCAAUCCUCACAUUAUUCCUCUAUAUGUGGCUCACAGAGCAAAGACAAGCGAGGUGUUAAUAAAUAGUGUGAGGUGUGCUCUGUAAGGCGUCCUGGGAUAUGAUGGGUAACGUUGGCUUGGGUCCAAGCUCCACCUCUCUUGGGCGACCGCCGAGGAAGAUGUACAGGGAAUGAUGAUAUUGAGAUGGAGAUGUUGGGUGAGAGGAGCCACAUGUCUUUGAGAGCAAUUUUUUGAGUGAUAUUUUUUUUAAAUGUUGUCUUACAUUUUUGUGACAUUAUUUUUACCACCUGAUUUAAACGUUUUAGUUAUGAGAAAGUCACGUAAAGUCACUCUCAGUCAACAUGUGAGAGUGCGCGUCAGUGAGAGACAUGAAGUGCAUGCUUGAGUCACCGAGCGGUGAGGGGACAACUCAGAACUCAACGCAUUAUGUUUAGUUCUGCAUUGCGUGCCGCCACUCAUUUAAAAUGCGUUUUUAUUGAGUUUUCCGGUUCAAUUGGUACCCUAAGAGACUAUUCUCCCCUAUCACAUACGGCCACUAGGUGGCUCCUGGUCACGCUGAAAAAACAAUGAAUUCUUUCACAUCGCACAUUCAUUCGGAUUUCUUUCUUGUGAAAUAUUGCACUUGUUAUCAGACUUUUUAUUUUUUAUCUCUUCCCAAAUAUUUCAGAACUUCAACAUGCAUGACAAUGAUGAUAUGGCAGCCAAAUAUAGCAAGUGUGGACAAUAUAUAUUUUGAAUGAAAGCAUGCCAAAACAAUAAACCUUAUUUUACCUUUAAUGACUGAAACCCAGCCUCACAACGUUGCUGCCAUCAAAAACGGUCAAACAGUUUAUAGUUAAUAAUAAUAAUAAUAAUACAUUUAAUUUAGAGGCGCCUUUCAAAACACCCAAGGUCACCUUACAGAGCAUAUAGUCAUCAUACAUUUUUUAAAAAACAAGACAUUGUGGAAAAAAUAAAUAAAUAAACAUAAGCAAUAAGAAAUAAAUAAAACAAAAACAAGACACAAGACAAGUUAAAGGUCAUUGGUAAUUAAUUUAAGAUCUAUUUACUUUUAUUUCAUAUUAAUUUCAUUGACAUUGCUAUUUAUUAUAGCAAUUUAUUAUUAGCUAUUUAUUAUUAUUAUUGAAAUUGAUAUAGCGUAAUUCUGCUCAGCGACCAUGGUGAGCGUCGACAAACCCAUAUAUAGGCUACUGGUUACAGGUCGUCAGGGCCGUGGGAAGUGUGUUUUGGUUGGGGGUGCUGUAGUGGGUGAGUGUAGUUCGGCUGAACUUGCAGAAACCAGUAAAAAUAGGCUUUUUGAAAUGGUACAACAUUGAUUGUAUUGUAUUGAAACUCCUUUCGCUGUUAAACGAAAGGCAUAAAUUAUUAGGCUACUGUCAAGAAAUGAUGGCUCCACUUAAAGUAAAAAGCCAACAAAAUGUUCCAACCGUACACAGAUUGAUACAAAGCAAACAAAGUAAAUAUAAAUCAAUCCCUUACCAUGAGACGCAAAUUCGUGUUCUUUAAUGGCCUAAUUAGGCCUACCCCAAACAUUGCUUGCCAUCAGGUGUAUAAAGUCCUUCAUGAGGGCCUCAUGAAUAGGGUCUUAGGAUAUUUCACUCCGAUUUUCUUGUUUUGUUUCGUUUAUAUCUCCUAGGUUUAAUGUAACAUUACAUUAGUGCAGAAUAGACAGCGGGACGGAGAGCGUUUUUUUUUUGAUCAAGAGCGGUAUUAAACAUGUGUCAUACGCUUGCAUUCCUAUAGGGGGUGCUGGAGCACCCCCACUUCCCACGGCUAUGCAGGUUGGUAUAACACUCAGAUUAAGUGGGGUGAAUUAUUACAAAUACUUAAUGUUUGAAUAUUAAAUAUGUAAAUGAAGACGUUUUACACUGCAAUUAGUGUAUGAAACAGUAGAUGAAAACGUACUACUACAGCCCUGCUGGAAUGAUGGCGCCAAGCCAGGCCAGGGGAGACGGGAUGAGUCACGGCGGACGUUUAACGUAGGGUUCCAAUAAGUUCCCGCUCCCCCUGACAAAGAAUAUCAAUGUAAUAUUCCAUGUAUACUAUUCAUACUAGAGCUGUCAAGCGAUUCAAAUAUUUAAUCAUGAUUAAUCGCAUUAAUGCCAUACGUAAGAGCCAUUUUCCUGUUUUUUAGUUAUGUUGUAAUGUCUGUGUUGACCACUGAGUGGUGUUGCCGUAUUGCGGGUACAGGUGUAAAGGGGACGUCAUUUGGGGUACCUCUGUUGUUUGACCCCGGAAAGGCAUACGGUUUUUGACCGCAAGAAAUACGAGGUUGUUGUUAUGUCACUGAGGAUCGAUGAAUGUAUUGCGUAUUCCCAUGCAAUUGGUGUUAUGGUGAGGAAAUAAACGGGUUGUAAACC